UUUCCAUCAGAACUCGUGUCCGUUUCUGCUUCUUCUCUGUGGAUUUUAACGUUUUCUUGGUUGUUGUUCUGGAAACAUGUUGAAGGUGAAACUCUUCUCUCUGCUGCUUCUGGUGAUGAUGUCAUCCUGCCGUGUCGUCUGGACUCUGAGGAGGACCUGCAGGAUUUCACUGUGGAGUGGACCAAACUGGAGAUGAACCCUGACCCAGCAGACACUAAUGGCCACAAAGGUGUUGUGUAUCUGUACCGGAGCAGGAGGACCAUGACCAAAUUCAUGAUGGAGACGUUCAUCCAGAGAGUGUCUCUGAACCCAGACGGACUCAAACGAGGAGACGUGACGUUAAAGAUCAGGAACGUGACGCUCCAGGAUGAGGGGAAGUACAGCUGCUACAUUCAUGGAUUGGACCACAGAGAGACGGUUCAGCUGCUUGUUGAGCCAAACGGAGUCAGAGCUCCAACCAUGGAAACAUCCCAGUUUAACAUCUCCACUCCAGAUCCAGGAGGAGAGCAGAACAACAUCUGGAUCAGUCGCUCCAGACUGGUUCUUUGGAUCUCUCUUGGAGUUUCUAUUUUCUUCAUCCUCUCUGCUGUUUGGAUCUGUCAGAGGAGACGACAGAAAUUCCAGGAACCUCCUUCAAUGAAGACAUCCCAUCUCUCUAAAACUCUGCUUCAACAACCAGAGAUCGUCAGAGAAGAUGAGACUCCAACUGAACUAUGACCUUUCUCCAACCUGGAACUCUCUGAU